GCGGCGAGAGGCGCCUCCUCUCUCCCAUUUAUACGCCGCCCGCCGCCGCCGCUGCCCCUCGGCGCUGGAUCCCUCCCGGCCCGGAGCCGGCAGCAGCGCGCAGAGCGGAGCUGCAUGGCCGUGGCUGAAGGCGGCUGCUGCGCGGCGGAGCGGUGCGCUGCGUCUUCGUACCCCUUCGCCGCCCGGGCGCCUCCUUCGCCCUCUUCCUCCUCCACCUCCGGGACCCCCGCUCCGGAGCCCGGCGGCAGCCCCCGACCCGCCCCGCCGCACCUCGGGGCCGUCCCCGCUCCCGGCCCGCCCGCCCGCCGGGAGGAGGACGUCCCGCUGCCGCUCUCGCUGCCUCCGGACUCGGAGCGGCCGCCGGCGAUGUACCAGACCUUGGCUAUCUCGGCCUCGCAGGGCCCCGCGCCCUACGACGGAUCUCCGGGCGGCUUCAUGCACUCCGCUCCCAGCUCGCCCGUCUACGUGCCCACCACCCGCGUGGGCUCCGUGCUGCCCACGCUGCCCUACCUGCAGGGCGGCGGAGCGGCCCAGCCCGGCCACGCUCCGGCCGGCCACGUCUGGUCGCAGCCGGCGACCGAGAGCCCGUCGUACGGCGCCGCGGGCGGCGCGCAUCCCUCGGGCCGCUUCCCCUACUCGCCCAGCCCGCCCGUGGCCAACGGCGCCUCUCGGGAGCAGUACGGCGGCGGGCUGGCGGCGAGGGAGCAGUACGGAGCGCUGCCGAGGCCGCUGAACGGCUCCUACCCGGCUCCCUACGCUUCCUACGUGGGGCCGCAGCUCGGCCCCGCCUGGCCCGCGGCGCCCUUCGAGAACUCCGUGCUGCACUGCCUGCAGGGACGAGCGGCGCCCAUCCCCGUGCGGGCUCCCAGCGCAGAGCUGCUGGAAGACCUCUCUGAGAGUCGCGAGUGCGUCAACUGCGGUUCCAUUCAGACCCCGCUCUGGAGGAGGGAUGGCACCGGGCACUACCUGUGCAACGCCUGCGGGCUCUACCACAAAAUGAACGGCAUCAACCGGCCCCUCAUCAAGCCCCAGAAGAGAGUGCCCUCGUCGCGGCGGCUUGGCCUGUCCUGUGCCAACUGCCACACCACCACCACCACCCUUUGGCGCCGGAACGCUGAGGGUGAGCCCGUCUGCAACGCCUGCGGCCUCUACAUGAAGCUUCACGGGGUUCCCCGACCACUUGCUAUGAAAAAAGAAGGAAUUCAGACGAGGAAACGAAAACCUAAGAACAUAAAUAAGUCAAAGGCAUGCUCUGGUAACAGUACUACUGCAGUUCCUAUGACUCCAACAUCCACGUCUUCUACUAACUCAGACGACUGUAGCAAAAACGCCUCCCCAAGCACACAGCCGGCAGCCUCGGGGGUGAGUAGUGACACGGCAUCCGUAUUGGCAAGCUCGUCAGUGAUGUCCGGCCCAGGAGAGAGCACCAGUCCCGAAAGCAGCAACCUUAAGUAUUCAGGUCAGGAUGGGCUGUACACAGGAGUCAGCCUGACCUCCACGGCCGAGGUGACGGCGUCCGUCAGACAGGAUCACUGGUGUGCCCUGGCUCUGGCAUGACCCGCUGCCAGCCAAGCUGGAUCCUGGCACUGUGCAGCAGCCCCCAGACGUCCAUGCGGGGUUUCUUCUGCGGAGCGGUGGCAGCGAGAGUGCUGGCUAGGGACGCUCCUCUGAAAUUGUUUCCGUGCCUUGGUGGCAGAGGCGGCUUUCAGUCCCCCUUAAGAGGCUCUGCCGAAGCAUCCUGAUCCUCAUCUAUGCAAGAAAACUGUAGGGAAAGCAAGUGCCCACCAAGGGAUAGCUAAAUGCAGCCAUACACACUCAAAAAAAAAAAAAAAAAAAAAAAAAAAAGAAAGAAAAAAAAAAAAGUAAAAAUAAAAAGGAAAAUUGGGGGAAAAAAAAAAGAGAGAAACCUAGACCUAUUGAUAGAUUCCAGAAACACAUCCUCAACUCACCCAGCAGUGCUGCCUUUCUGAUUGUAUAUUUGUUUUCACUCUCUCAUCACCUUCUCCUCCCAAGAAUUUGAUGGAUGCCGUCAGCGUUGGGGAAGUUUGAAUUAUUAGAGAUAAGCAGAUACUUUCUGAAGUGUUGGUAGCGUGUACUGCUGGAGUCAGCGUGGGCGCCAGAGCUGGACAUUUGACCUCUUCACCCAUCCUGUGCCCGCCUUGCUCUGCUCCCAUGUGCCAGAGCCCAGCAAUGCCCGGCGAGGAAAUCACAGCCUUUGGUACAAACCUCACGGGAUCGAGCUGGCGAAGGAGGUUUUGUUGUUGUUUAAGAUAUUUACUCACUUUGCGAGACUGCUCUAUAACUUUUGAAGUACACUGUGACUGAGGUUCAUGAAAGUUCAUGUUUUGUGGCUGAACUGUAUAGAGUCAGUCGAAAUUUGUAAACAGGGUAGCAAUCAGAUAUUUUCUCUUCCAUAUAUACAAUAAUUUUUUUUUUUUUUAAGAAAAAGAAGUGCAAUUUGCGUUGCAGCAAUCAGUGUUAAAUCAUUUGCAUAAGAUUUAACAACGGUUUUUAUACGAAUGAAUGAAUGUAAACAUUUUAACUUAAUGGUACGUAAAUAAUUUAAAAGAAAAACUUAACUAGGCAUCCUUAGGCUUUUUAGUGCAACAAAACCCAUCCACUUUCUGUAUUUCCAGUUGCUAAAGCGGGAGUUUCAAAGAACAAGCCUUCUCUCAGGAAAAUUGCCCUAGCUGUUUGCUCCUAAGUUUUGUACAUUAAAGCAAAUGCAUCCCCAGGUCGGUUAUUAUUAAUUUUUGCCAUUUGAAAGAAGUAUGUACUGGAAAGAAACGAAUCGCAAUGAAACUUUACUACCUAACCGAUACAUAUGUAAAUAGUCCAUAAGAUAUGAAGGCAUCUUUGAAAUUUAGGAUGCGAUCUGUAUAGUGUGACUGACUGACACAUCGUUAGGUUGGUUUCCAUUGUUUUUUAAAUGGGAUGGCAUUUGGAAAGUUGUUUCAUCAGAGCUCUACAAAUAAAAGGGUAUCUUUUUUUGCUUUUUUUUUUCCUUUUUUUUUUUUUUCUUUCCUUUUUCUUUCUGUACACUGUGCCUUCUCCUUUGUUUCAGCCCCAUCAGUUAAUCUGUAUUAAAAGCUAUGGAUGCAGGCA